GUGAAUCUCUGACCGGAAGCGCUAGCCUUUUGGAAUAGAUACGCUUAGAUGGCGCGCACAGUUAAACAUGUCAGCUUACAUGAAGUUUCCUCGCGUUAUUCAAUUUAGUUGUUUUCUUUGCGAAAACCGAGUGUCGACUCUGAAGAGUAUACUAAGAACGUUGAAAAGAUGCAAACACACAAACAGCUGGAAAAAUAUAGCAUCUGCCGAAGUAGAAAUUCCACUGGGUGGCAGGACAUUAAAAAUCGGCAGUGGCAAACUUGCAAGAUUUUCCGAUGGCAGUGCAGUUGCUCAGCUUGGGGAAACCUGUGUAAUUGUGACAGCAGUGAGCAAAACAAAACCAUCAACCGCCACAUUUCUGCCUCUCACUGUUGACUAUAGGCAGAAGGCUGCAGCGGCAGGGAGAAUACCUACAAAUUUCUUGAGAAGAGAGUUGGGUGCAAGCGACCAGGAAAUCCUUACUGGACGUGCUAUAGAUCGGUCGCUGAGGCCUUUAUUUCCCGAUGGGUACUUUUACGAGACUCAGCUCGUGUGUAACCUGUUGGCAGUGGAUGGAGUCAAUGAUCCAGACGUAGUCAGUAUCAACGCAGCUUCAGCUGCACUCGCAGUAUCUGAUAUACCAUGGGCAGGACCUAUUGGUGCAGUGAGAAUGGGAAUGGUGGAUGGUGAAUUGAUCGUUAACCCGACGCGUAGACAGUUGGCUCACAGCGCACUCAAUCUAGUUGUCACGGGCAGCGGUAACAACAACGUUGUGAUGCUUGAGGCGUCGGCCAACAACAUUCUGCAGCAGGACUUCCUGAAGGCUAUCACGGGGGGAAGAGACGCCAGGCAAUCAUCUAGGCAGAUUCAGAACCUUGCUCAGCAGUGCGGCAAGCCCAAGCGCGUCCCGCAGAAACUUUUCAGGGCCGAUCCAACGCUUGUAGAAGCUGCGAGAGAGAAGCUGCACAAGAGUCAAGGCAAGAGUGUGAGUUUACCAAUGUUAGACACUCUUGUAGAAGCGCUGAGAGCUAGUAAGCCUGUGAGAGUGCGCGGAGACGCGGGCGGAGGCUUAGGACGCGCACGACAAGUUGUUCGCGCGCACGACGCCGUCAACCGCUGCGCUCGACGUCGGCCAGAGAAGAUUUCCGGCGGCUUCCCAGACGGAGGCGACCGAGUCACCGAGGCGUUCCGUGUCAACACCGCGCGUCUGCAAGAGCGUACGGUCGUGAUCGACGAACAACGCAGGUGUGACGGACGGGCGCAGACAGAUCUGCGUGACAUCAGCUGCGGCGUGGACGUGUACAAGCCCCUGCACGGGUCGGCGCUGUUCCAGCGAGGACAGACACAGGUGCUGUGCACUGUCACCUUCGACUCGCGAGAUUCUGCGUUCAAGUCCGCCGACCCGCGUUCUCGAUCUAUCCACCGGGAGAAGAACUCAAUGGUCCACUACGAGUUCUUCCGUACCGACGAACGAGACCGGCGCGCCGGGUUUGCGCGACGGGAGCUCGGUCGACGGACGCUGCGCGGCAGAAGCUCUCCGCCACGUCAUACCCGCCGACAUCCCUUCACCCGCAUACGCUCACGUCGAGUGCUAGAAUCUAACGGUUCCAGCUCCAUGGCGUCUGCAUGUGGAGGAAGCCUGGCUCUCAUGGAUGCUGGCGUUCCUAUAUCAGCCCCUGUCGCCGGCAUAGCGAUAGGCCUGGUCACCCGAUGUACGGACGAUUCGCAGAGCGACAUAUCUGAUUAUAGAAUCUUGACAGACAUACUGGGUAUAGAAGACUACAUGGGAGACAUGGACUUCAAGCUUGCGGGAACAAAGAAAGGAAUCACAGCUUUACAGGCUGACAUCAAGCUUCCUGGCGUGCCUCUACGCAUUAUCAUGGAGGCAAUACAGCAAGCUAGUGAUGGCAAAGCUAAGAUACUCUCUAUCAUGGGCGAGUGUCUGGCUGAGCCUCGCGCAAGCGUCAAGGACAACGGUCCGGUGUCCGAGACGCUUGAAGUGCCGCUUCACCGGAGGUCAAAGUUUGUUGGUUCCGGUGGCUACAAUCUAAAGAAACUGACCGCAGAUACGGGAGUACAAGUUAGUCCUGUUGAUGACACGAAGUUUUCAAUAUUUGCACCUAACCAGUCGGCAAUGGAUGAAGCAAAAGAUGUUAUUAAGAUGCUAAUUGCUGAAGAGAAAGAACCAGAACUAGAGUUUGGAGCAAUUUAUAAUGCAAAGAUAGUCGAAAUCAGGGACGUAGGAGUGAUGGUGCAGUUAUAUGCGGCCAUGCAGCCUGCCCUGCUGCACAAUUCGCAACUCGACCAACGAAAAAUCAACCAUCCCAGCGCGCUCGGACUGGACGUCGGUCAGGAGAUAUCCGUCAAGUUCUUCGGCCGCGACCCGGUCAGCGGGCGCAUGCGACUGUCGCGCAAGGUGCUGCAGAGUCCGGCGACGUCGGUCAUCCGUAACCUUGGCGUCUCCACGACAACCGCGCAGUCGACCGGUGAUGUCGAGUGAGGGAGGAGAGGAGAGGGAGGAGAAGAAAGGAGGAGACGAGAGGAAGGGAGGAAGGGAGGAAGGUGCUGCAGAGUCCAGCGACGUCGGUCAUCCGUAACCUUGGCGUCUCCACGACAACCGCGCAGUCGACCGGUGAUGCUGAGUGAGCGACGCAAGGGGAGGAGGAGAGGAGAGGGGAGGAGAGGGAUGAGGGGAAGGAAGGUGAUGGGAGGAGACGAGAGGAAGGGAGGAAGGUGCUGCAGAGUCUAGCGACGUCGGUCUUCCGUAACCUUGGCGUCUCCACGACAACCGCAGUCGACCGGUGAUGUCGAGUGAGAGAGGAGAGGAGAGGAGGCGAGAGGAAGAGAGAGAGAGAGAGGGGACAAGAGGAAGGGAAGAAGGUACUGCUGAUCAUUCCAGCAACGUCAGCCAUCCAGUCACUCGGUGAUGUCGAGUCGAGUGAGAGAGGUGAUGGGAGGCGAUGUGGUGACAGAAAGCUGAGUCAGAGAGGGAGGCCACGGGAGGCUAAGCCAAGGAAGUAGGUCACAGGAGGCUAAACGUGGGAGGCGACGAAGGCGACAGGAGGCUGAGAGAGGGAGAGGACAGGCCGAGAGAGGGAAAAGACUGGAUGUCGAGCAAGGGAGGGGGCGAGGAAAGGAGGCUAAGCGAGGGAGGGAAAGAGGCUGAGUGAGAGAGGGAAGUGACGUGAGAAUGCAGGGAGGGAGGAAAGGGACACGCUGACGGCAGGCCAGUAAAUGGUUGAGUGAGAGCGCAGACGUAACAAUACGAUGCCGAGUAAGGGAACGGGCAGUCAGUGACAUGAGCCCAAAGAGUGCAUCACCCACUGUGAACUGGAGACUUCCAAGCUCAGAGGCAAGCACAGUAGUGCACCACCCACUGUGAACUGUAGUCUUGCAAGGACAGAGGCAAGCACAGUAGUGCAAGGAUCAAGUACCAAUAGAUACUAGAGUAGAUCAUGCUGAAAGCUGGAUGGGUGAUACAACGUGAUGCGUAAACAUGAAGAGCAAUGAAAAUUGAUUCAGCUUCUAUGCAGAGUGGGAAACUACGAUGCCUGCAAUUUUUCCAGAUAGCCAGUGAGGAUACAUUAAUUAUGUGGUUUUGCAGUAUAUGUGUGAUACUACAGUAUGUAUAAUAACGUUGUUGAAUUUGAAUCGAGGAAUCAUGGAUUCUUACAAAUAGGAAAUAUGUCAUAUUA